AGGGUGUUAUAAGUAUUGGCAGGGUGUUGGUGCUGGGUUAGUCUGGAGUAACUGUAGCUGUAUAUCAGGCUCUGCAUAUUGUGAGGACUGUACCGGGAGUUGGAUAUAUUGUGUGGAUCCGUUUUGUUAUUACAUUGGUUUUGAGGUACCAGACAAGUUUGUGGUCGGCUAUGCCCUGGACUACAAUGAAUUCUUCAGGGACCUCAAUCACGUUUGUGUCGUCAACGAGAAGGGAAAAGAAAAAUACGCCAUCCCAAAGAGCGACUGAGGACGGGAACCCCCGCUGCCCCCACCCCGGUCGCCAUAGCAACAGCCAUCGCCACGACAACCAUCACCAUAGCAACCAUCACCAGGACGACCAUCACCAUAGCGACCAUCGCCAAGACAACCAUCACCAUAGCAACCAAGUUUCCACCUGGCCACAUCAUCACUGCACCAAACACAUUAGUAGCGAGAUAUCUAGUUCCCAUGACGACAACCACCAACAGUGUGGCCAUGGACAGAAAAACGCGAAAAUAAAGACAUCGACAACUUCAAGUUCAACGACAAGUUCAAGUUCAAGAAGGACCAACUUUUUCCACAUCGGGAUCACGGCAGGAAGCCGGGCGGUGGCCAACGUUCGUAGCCGGCAGGUUAGAAUAGUCAGCCCCAACCAGCACAUCUCCAUCAUCACACCCAAACGGCAGAUCAGAAUAGUCAGUCCCAGUACAGAUAGCAGUACAAGCAGUGUAGCAACGAGUAGAAGUAACAAGGAGGAGUCUGAAGUACAGAGGACAGUGUUAAUCCAGCCUAGGCAGAGUGUGAGAAUCGUGAAACAGAAUUCUCAGCAGACAAGAGAAGAGAGCGGAUCGAAGAGAAGUGGAGGAGUUUCGUACAGGUUUGUGAGAAAAGCAGCGUCAAAUGUUACUCGAUUUACGAAAGAAACAAGACAGUCGGGAGGAGGGAGCGUCGUCAUGAGAUACCCGUGGGGUCGCGUGGACAUCACGCGGGGUCAGACGCGGAAUAUUGUGUCAAACGACGGUAGAACUGACGACUGUUCCGCGGUGAGGUGUACCAACCUUCAAAAAAUUGAAGAGGAAGAAACAGAGUCACAGAGAACAGUAGAGAGGCUAGAGGAAGGGAAGGGAGGAGAAGUUGUUGUGAACAGGGAAGGGGCAGUACAGAGAAGAAGAGUAGUGAGACCACAUCAAGCUGGGCAGAGGUUUGUAUCCGUCAUGUACAUCCAGACAACUCCUUGUAAAUACAGAGGCAGGAAGGUAAAACAUGGAUCCUGA